CGCCCAGCUUUGCCAAGGCGGCUAGAGGUCAUCUGGAACUCUUUUGCCUCAAAUCGCUCUGACUCAGAAGGCUAGCUCGUUCCUCCCGCGGUGCCUUGGAAAUCCGCGCCCUCAUCUGGUCCUGGUCCAGGUGCACAAGAAGCGCUAGGGGAGGACGCAGGUGCCCAGGAGAGGGGGGCCGUGAAGGCGCCCCGGAGAGGAACUCAAAGAUCGAACCUGCGGACCAAGCGCAAAGUAGAAACUGAAAGUACACCGCCGGCUGAUCCUACGGAAGUUAUGGGAAAGGCAAAGCGCCGAGCCGGGCCGUGGUGUGUGCCGCCCCCCUUGGGAUGGAUGAAACAGCAGGCGCGGCGUGGGUGAGAGGAACCAGCAGCUGAGACGGCCCUCCCCGGCACCGCUCCCGGCACCUCCGCGGAAGACCAGGGUCCUGGGAGUGACUAUGGGCGGUGAGAGCUUGCUCCUGCAGCAGUUGCGGUCAUCAUGACCACGCCCGCCUCCCGCAGAUCAUGUUCCAUGUUUCUUUUAGGUAUAUCUUUGGAAUUCCUCCCCUGAUCCUUGUUCUGUUGCCAGUAGCUUCGUCUGAUUGUGAUAUUGAAGGUAAAGACGGCAAAGAAUAUCAGAAUGUUCUGAUGAUCAGCAUCGAUGAAUUGCUAGACAGCAUGAUAGAAAUUGAUAGCAAUUGCCUGAAUAAUGAAUCUAACUUUUUUAAAAAACAUUCAUGUGAUGAUAAUAAGGAACCUAUGUUUUUAUAUCGUGCUGCUCGCAAGUUGAAGCAAUUUCUUAAAAUGAAUAUCAGUGAGGAUUUCAAUCUCCACUUAUCAAGAGUUUCACAGGGCACAUUAAAAUUGUUGAAUUGCACUAUCAAGGUUAAAGGAAGAAAACCACCUUCCCUGGGUGAAGCCCAACCCACUAAGAAUUUGGAAGAGAAUAAAUCUUUAAAGGAACAUAAAAAACAGAAUGACUUGUGUUUCCUAAAAAUACUACUACAAAAGAUAAAAACUUGUUGGAAUAAAAUUUUGAGGGACGCUAAAGAACAUUGAAAAAUAUGGAGUGGCAAUGAAAACACAUGAACUUCAGUUGUAUCCUCCAAGAAUCUAUCUGCUCAUGCAAUUUUUCAGGGUAGAAUGCCUUCUAGAAGUUACUGAAUGGAUCCUGGUAAAAACGGAUGAGAGCAAUUGAGAAAUCCAUACUGUAGUACUAGAAGAUGGGCAUAAACAAGGGAAACUGAAUGCUGCAAUCAACAACUGUUUCAUAUGUUUGCAGACUUACACCAACCGGUGUUAAUUCUGUGCUGAUUUUUGUAAGACAAUCCAUGUAAGGAAUUAGUUGCAAUAAUACUUUUUA